CGCCAGAGAUGGGCCUGACACUUAGCCUUGCAAAGUAGAGGACGCACAGAAGUUCACAGGUUGCAUCAGGAUGUCAGGCUCUGCAGGUGCCAGCACGCUGGAACUCACUCUCGGGUUGGCGGGUGAUUGGAGGAGUGUGAGCUGUGCUUUUUCAUCCCCACAUCCCCAGCACCCAGCAUGGAGAAGGGGUGUGAUCAAUAUCUGUCGGAAAUGCAACAAGCCUCGGGAUAAACAGCCUCAUCCUGGGAUGUGCCAGACAGUGGUCAUUGUUCUAAAGUCUCGAAAAGCCCAGAGGAGAAAUGAGGAUGCAAAGAGAAAGAAAAAAACCCCAACCACAUUGCUGCAAGGAUAUCAGGAAGAGGGAGUGUCCAGGGACAGAGCAGAGCGCGCUUGUCCGAACGCCUUACUCUGGACUGGGGCUGCUUUCUGCAAGCCCGUGCGGUGCACGUGAGGAGGCUUUUCUUGCGGUGGUGAAAUCAAAUGCACCUAAGGCGUGAGUCCUCCAGAAUUUCCUCACCUGGGCAGCUUGGCCCCGGCCACCUGUGCCUUGUCCGGAGAAACUCCAACGUGCAGGGCGCUGAUGGACGAGAUAGAGCAUGACAUCAUCAAGGCUCGGCAGAAGAAGACCAAGGUGGGCUCCUUCCGAAUCAAUCCUGAUGGGAUGCAGGAGAGGAGAAAGAUCCCCCUAGCCCAGUCGGAGGCGUUCCUAACGGACCUUUUGGAGAAAGUCUGUGAGCGAAUGAACGACUACAAGCUUGAGGAAGACCCUGUGACGAAGGAGAGAACUUUCAAGAGAUUUGCUCCUAGGAAAGGAGACAAAAUAUACCAAGAAUUUAAAAAAAUAUAUUUUUAUUCUGAUGCUUACAGACCUUUGAAAUUUGCGUGUGAAACUAUAAUAGAAGAGUAUGAAGAUGAAAUAUUCUCACUUAUCGCCCAGGAGGCACACUAUCUAGCUGACAAGCUGUGCAGUGAAAAAUCAGAUCUGUGUGAAACUUCUGCUAAUCAUACUGAGCUCUAGGAGUGCCGUGCCGCUGGUGGUAGAGAGGAGUAAAGUCACACCCAAAGGUGAAGCUGAGGAGUACAUGAAACUUAAAUUAACCUUUGCAGAUUUUGAUAAAUCGAGCUUGACAAUAAAGGAUUUAAUUCCGUAUUGAGGAAAAAAGUGAACAAAAUAGGGAUUUCAUAAUGUAUGCUGUUUAUUUUAUAACAGUGCAUGUGCACAUAUACAAGUGCAGUAGCUAUCUGAUAAGAACUGGAUUUGAAUUCUCAAAUACUUGAUUGCCUAUAAAUUUAAGGAAAUACAUGGCAACAAAUUCAAAAUGUGGUCUUCUGGGUGAGAUAUGGCUAUUGGUGAAAGAAACAAACCCAUUUUUUAUCAGGAAUGAAAUUUAAAUUUUUAGAAACCACAAGUUUAAAAGCCCAUCUCUAAAAUUUAGUGGAAUGUGUAAAAACUAAUGAAUGCUUUAAUUUGUAGUAAACAAUAAUUACAUUGGCCUCUCAAACACCAGUCUGAGUUUAAGUGGUUUAGAAAGUUGAUUUAUUAUUGCAUCAUGUGUUAAAAGAUGACAUUAGUGAUUGCAUUUUGUUUUGCUCCAAACUCUUCUGGUUUGUUUGUUUUUCUUCUAAAGGUUUUUUUGGCUCACAUUUAGUGUGUUGAGUUUACUACUAAAUAAUCUACCAUUCUUCUACAGGAAUGGAAAGAGAGUUGGGACCUGGUGGGAAAUUAUCUUUUGACCACACUUAAUACACAAAGUCUAGUAACAGUUACUCCCGGAAAUUUCUUUAUCUCUGUUACAUUUGCAUUCAGUGGAAUCUGACUUUAAUGAUUAAGAAUGUCAGGGUAUAGUCUACACCAGUUUCUAAAAAGAGAUUCUCAUUGUCUUUGGUGACAAUCAAGUGGGUAGUAUGCUACAAAUUCCACCCGGAAGACCCAAAACUCUUUGCCAUAUUGUUACUUAGUUGCUUAAAAAGCACAUUAUGUGUUUAAAUCAUUCUCCUGACUCUUCAGCAGGAAACAAUUCUUAAAUUUAGGAAAAUUUACCAAAGAUAAGGGGAAGGGCUUUCCAUGCCCCCUCCCCACCUCAACUCUGAUUAAAAGUUAGUGAGUUAAUGUCACUUAAUUACUUGGGUGCUUUUUUUUUGUCUUGUCUGUGGCUGCUUAAGUCUGAUGGCUCCUACAUAACCCAACGAACUUGCACUCAAGCUGACACACGAUGGAAAUAGAACUGAAUAAUAAUUAACACUACUUUCCAGUAGGGUAGGACAAUUGUUAUUUAACACAUAGUCCCUAUAGCUUUAUUUAAACUUAUCUAGUUAAGGUUAAUUUGGCAUUUAAAGUAGUAAAUCAGGAACAUUCUCCUAACUUGGAUUUUCUUGGGAAAUGCACUAAACAGGAAAAUUAUUCCUGAAAACCUAGUGACCUUCACAGGAACAUGGUGGGACCUGUGACACCAAGUAAGCUUCAGUGAAAAAUGUUAACAGUUGUGAUUGUAGAAGUGUUGCCAAAUUUGUUUUCAUACUCUCAUUGAUCAUCAUUAAAAAUUCUGAAAUGUAGGCAAUGCUAACACUAAUUAUAGAAAUUAAGAAAAUGUGGCCUCCUGUUUGUAACUAAACGGACGUGGGGAGGUGCACCUCCUGUCACUGAGGGGUGCCUUUCAUUGACAGUGACGCUUUGCUUUGAAUGGAGAGGACGAGGAACUUUGACUUACAGCGACUAUCUAAGGUUUUGCUAAAUAUGGCAUUUCAGUUUUUCUUCUUGGAUUUCCCAUUAAAAAUAGUCUUGUAUCUUGCAAAUUUUUAAUAUCUCAUGACUUGUAUAUUUUUUCUUUCCAGAAUUUUUUCCAGCUCAAACUUGCUAAACUCAUGUAAAUAUUUGUAGCUUACGAAGUUACUGAUUCAACCCGUAUUUGAAUGGUAAUGCACAAACCACUGGAUUUCUUCUGGCUGCAGGAAGUCAGGUUUCCCUGUGGGCCACUGUUAGGUUGCGCUGCUUUUGCUAAUGAACAAUGAGAUAGAGUAGCUUCUCACUUUAGCAUCCUUCUAGCCACCUUGGUGCGUUGUAAGUCCCAUUUAUUGACCAAAACCUAAUCAAAAACAACAAGUGGGGGGACGAAACAAAAACAACAGAAAUAAAAGAAACAAGGCAACAUUAUAGUGUGAGAGAAAGUUUCUCAGAGUUGAUGAAAAGCUACCUAAUUCUAUGUCCAAAAAAAUCCCUGGGAAAACACGGGGUAGGGUGUGUAAUGCUUAUUAAAAUAAUGAGGAGAGAAGACUCGUUUGAGGCUUCAUGGUUUCAAAUUGUUCUUUUAUGAGAUGGUUGGUUUGGGUCUCCAUGAAGACAUGUGAGCCUGUUCUCAUAAAAAAAAAAAAAAAAAAAAAGACCAGAUUGGCUGAGAUGCCCACUUUAUUUUUUGUGAUGUGGAUUACUAUUUGCUAAGAACAAGCCAAGGACAAUGAAUCCAUUUACUGAGGAGUGGAGAGUGGGAUUGUGCCGAAGUCCCAAACAGGAAAGAUCAAUACUUUAUUUACUAAGAUAACCCUAAAAAAAUAGAGGCAAUACCUGGCUGUGCUUUUAUAUCUGUUUCUCGGCUUAGAUUGAUAUUUACUCACGUACGUAAUCACUAUAUCUAAAUAAAAAAUGAUAAACUAUAUAUCAAGCUUAAAAUUCAGAUUGUCAUGGAAUAUGAGAAAAGUCAUUCUCUGAUGUGAUUUUGUGGUCUGUUUUAAAACUUGGUACAAAUUUCUGAGCUAAUCUUAAAUGUGCUGAAGCUCACGCAAUAGGAUAUUGUAUAGUUUGACACCAAGAUGCAAUUAACAAUGAUACUAAACCAUCAAAAUAUGAAUGCACCUGUGAGAUACAAAUGUGUUUUUAUUAUGAUUCCCUAGCUAUAAUUUAAUUCCCCUUUAUAUGUUUCUUAAAUUCCUCAGAUUAGUUGCUUUUAGAGCAAGAAACCAAGUGGAUAAAAAGAUCAAAUACAAUAAAUGAAAUAGAAUUAUGGAAGUUGUAAAAUUGUAUUGCCCUUAAAUGACCUAGGGAAAGAUAACAGUAAAUGAUACGGCUCUCACGCGAAGUUUAACUUCUUGCCCCUUCCCCUAAAUGUGUGUUUGCUGAGGAGAGAGGCUCUGCUUUUUGUAGUCCACUUUUCAUAAUCUGCCCCAUGGGCGAGAGGUGGUGAUGAUAUUUAACAUAAUAUUGGCUCAUUCAUUUGUGGGGUCAUCACCAGAAACAUGGGGCUUUGCUUCAGAAGGACAGUUUGUGGAAGAGGAGUCUUAGAUGUCACAUACAGUUUUCUACCCUUCUGGGUUCUUCGGGAAAGUCCAAAAAUAGAUGGAUGGAUACAUAGAUAAACAGAUAGAUAGAAACAUGGAAAUGUAGCUACAUGCAUACAAAUACACAGACACGGACAUACAUAAUAGAGAGAGGACACAGGGAGAUCAGCUAGAGCUUCGAAUUUCCAGUGUGGAGAUCUCAGGGAAAAAAUAGGGUCUUUAUUUUUUUUAAUUCCUUAAUUAAAGAAUCAUUCCUAUGCUCCUUAUCUUGGAGAAUUAUCUCAAGAUUUUCAUGAAAGAAAAAAAAUUACAGUGGACGUAAAGAUUCUACCCUGCCACAGUAAGAUAUUCAUAAAACAUAUUUAAUCUAUUAUGAAGUUGCUGGAAAACAGAAAUGCCAUGAGGCUGCACUGGAACUGGCUUAGAAUCUUAUAGUAUGUGUCACUAUAUGGAACAUGGAUUUCAGUAAACCACGGAUUAAAUAAUUUCCCUCUAAAGCAUAAUAGCACAGAGUAAAAGCCCAGUACAGUAAGGUGAGCAGUUUGAUAGAUAGUCCUGUUCCCUCAAAGCCACAGGGCAGGGGGAAGUUCACAAAUCACAAGCUUAGUGAAUCCAAGAUGUGACCCAGAGGGACAUGGCCUUCCCGUGGAGCUGAUACGGGCGCCAGUAACUUCCUUCUCCUUUUGGGAUUGUUAACACACCGGCAUCUAGGGAAGGCAAGUGAUGUACUGAAGCAUUGGAUACCCAAUGUCAGCUGAUCAAGCAUGGCCAGGACUCAGAAAGAUCUGAUAUACUGUAAGUACAAAUAUGAAUAGCUAUCUCAAACUUUAUCAAUAGCAAGGUUGGCACCUGAAAAGUUAGACUGUGCUCCUGACGUUUGAUAUUAAGGGUUUGCCUCAUAGCAGCUUUCUGAACAAAUGGGAAUUUCUCUAUAGCGUAUUCUCUGAUAUUGGCCGAUAAAAGGUGACUGUAAUCCACGAGGUGACACCAUUGUCAGCAGAGACAGAGGAGAUUUCAAUCAGGAGAUUUUCAUUGUCUGAUAGAAGUAAAUCUUCAUGGCUCUGUUGUUCUUCAUCAAAGGGUGCUGAUGAAGCACCUUCAUGCCCUGUGGUUUACAGAAGAAAGCGGAGAACCAAAAAAUAGACUGUUUGGUCCCUAUUAAAAAUGGACCCUAUGUAAAGCAAUGUGGUAUUAAAACAGAGUGAAAUCUAAUACAAAUGUGGCUUCAACAAGUGUUAUUAAAUUAUUAGACCUUUAGGUAAAAACAGACCCUUGAAUUGCUUUUAUAUGCAAUCAAAGCCAAGAUGAAAUAUUAAUGCCCUAAGAUUAAAGGGUCUUGGGUGCAUGCGUGUUUUGAAGCAGUGCCCCUACAUGAUAAACAGGAAAUGUUGCAGGUUAGCUCACUUUUGCAUAUGCUGUGGAUGCUGACACCUUGACCAAUUUCGAGAGUGGAAGCCCCACUGGGAAUCCCCACUCAGUUCCAGGGAUCUGGGUCAGCUGUGCCUGGUGGAGCUGGUGUGUGCCCGUGGGUGUGCUGUGGCUCUCUCUUUCCAAACCGCAAAAAUCCCAGCCGUUUUUGUGAGCAUGCACUGGCCCUAUGGCAAGAUCCCACUGUAGAAAGAUGGCUGUGUCAAGGUUAGAAGAGAGGGCUGAUUGCAACAAAUCCCCUUCUGAAACAAAGCCCAGUAAAAAGAUGCUGUUCCGCUUACUAACGGGUGGAUGCAUGGGGGCUUCAGAAAGAAACACGUUUGAGUUUUUUGUUGUUAUUAAGAAAUGCUUUCUUUUGUACCUGAUAACUGAGUCUCAAGUCCAGGAAAACGAUAGCAUCUCUAGUUCUUGUGCUUCCCUUCUAGUAACUAGUGAUUUAUUAACAGACCAGGGGCGUUUUCUCCUGUGCACUGACAGUGUUAAGUAAGGUAUCUUUAGCCUCAUACCUCAGCCCAGGCGGCAGCAGGCGCAGAGGCCCCAGCCUGAGCCCUGCAUAGGCCGGCCGGGUGACCUAGCCCACGGCUGGCUGGCCCAGGUGGAGCCCCUGGGCACAGGCAGUGAGGGCAGAAAGCCCAGGCUGGCCGCCGCGGCAUCUGUGCCUCGAGGUCUCCUGGCUGUCCUGCAUCCCUGCUCGGGGCAGCCCAUGCCUUUGAGCGUAGGCUAUCCUCACCCCGCCAAGGUGGAUCCCAAAGGAACAGACGCCACGGCAUAGGCUCAAACAAAGCCUUAUCUCAGGGAGGAAGUGAGCCCACUGCUUCCUUCCCAUUCAUUCCCACAUUGAUUUGUACCUGGGAAAGGCCCUAGCACAGCUCAGGGCCCUUCUCGCGGCUGGCAGAAUGCGUCCGCGCUUCCUGUUAGUUAUGAGUUACCACCGUCCCCACUGGAGAAGCGCUUCUCCCUGGGCAAUGGAAUGGAACCUGUGGUGCAGAAUCCUGAGAAAGGGCUGGGGGAGCCUCCCGGUGAUCCAGUCCCGCACCCCUGGCUUGGGGGCAGUGCACCUCAGCCCCUCCAGGACUGUGGAACAGUUGGGUGGGGUCUUGCGGCUGAGCUUGGUAGCCGAUGAUGGUUUCCAAGUAACCACCGCCCCUCUUUGAGAUUCCUCUUGGUUUAAUCUUCCGCGCAGAACUCAGAUGCCUGGCGGGCGCUUCUGAGCGCCUGGCCCCCAAAGACCUGCCGUGCUCACUGUUCUGAACACACGCACCCUUGCCCUUGGCCUUUUUGGGUUUGUGCUCAAAUAAGCAAAUACUCAGGAAGCCCUAGUGCACCUCAGGCCCCGUGCUGGGCGCCGAGAAGGAUACGGGAGUGGUGCAGGCGGGGCACAGAGGUCCUCGUGGGGGAGAGGAGCCCCCGAGGUCAGACCAGCAUGGCGGGAGGGCGGCCUGCGGUGCGGCCUGGUGAGGACGUUUAGUGUGGAGGGUGGUGCUGUGCUUAGCUGGACAGGGCCUCCACCCUGAGCUGCGGGGAGAGCAGGGACCACGAAAGACCAGGGCACUGGCUGUCUGCAAUCGCUGGCACAAAACACCAAAAUGGGAGAACUUUAAGGCAAAAAAAUGUGUUCUUUGGUUGGGUGGCCUGUGGUAGCCAUGAGGGAAGGAGGCCAGGCCAAGAGCUCCAGUGAUGUCAGGGGAUAAGGGAGCCCCUUGGAGUGUCCCGCCUGAGAACGAAGGAGUAAGAUCAGUACCCGCUGGGAGGACGCAGAAGGGGCUUCCCCCACACCCUCGAUGGCAGCCCUGAACGCCUCAUCCAGCUGGAAGGACCCAGGAGGGGACUUCCCCCCACCCCACCCCGAUGUGGCCUGGAAUGCCUCACCCAGCUGGGAAGAUCCAGAAGGGGACUUCCUCUCCUCCCCUCACCCCAUGGCGGCCCAGAAUGCCUCACCCAGCCAGGCUUUGUCCUAGGCCAAAACCCAAGGCAAGUGUUCCCAGGCUGUGUGAUAGAGAACUUUUGCGGAUCUCAGGUGGGGUCUUGGUUUUGCAAGAGGACUAAGAGUGUUGGGAAUCUCUAGGCACCGCCCCCUACCCACGCCACUGCGUAGACCCCAGGGGCCGUGCCUGGAACGGGAUGUCCACAGGAAGUGCCCUCGGAUAACCCGGAGGCCUUGGAGGACAGGUGCUGUGAAACUUCAAGCUAAACACAGACUCUGACUGUAAGGUCGCUGCACCUGUCUCAGCGCGCAUGGACUUGGUGGUGGGCCUGAAGCCAAUUUGCAUCCUGAUAGCUUCCUUUUGAAAGCCCGGCCUAGGGAGUGUGUCUCCAACACAGGCUGGUACCUGAGGGUCCUGGGUCAGGGGAUUCUCUCCUUUCAAGAUGUCACUGCCACUGCGUGGAGCUCCUCACUGAGGCCUGCUUCAUCAGCCGGCUCAGCCUCCUGCCUCGUGCCCACCGAGGGGACGUUUCUGAUUCUUUCUACUGCAUCCACUUCAGAGACCAAUGUGGUCAUCUGAGCCUCCUCCCCUGCUGCAGACGCACCUGGACUGUCCCAGUUGCCCUCCCCAACCCUUCAGAGGAGCAGGGUGGGCCUGUGUGGGCCUUGCUCUGGGGAGCCUUGGGACUCUGCUCCUCUGGAGGGAUAUUUAGACCAGAGCACGCCCAGCCUGGAUGGGGCAGGCGGCCUCUACCACUUCAGGCUGCUCGGGCAGGAAAACUGCAGAGGAAAAGGGCUGCCACCCUCUUUAGCUUGGGUUUCUUAUUUAAAACCAGAUGAAACAAAAUGAAAAUUGGAAAAAAAAAUAUUUUUUUUUCUUAUAAGAGAAAUACAAAUAUUUAGAAAACACAGAUUUUAAAAAUAUGAAAAUAAAGUCUCCAAAUUUCAUCACCCAGAUAAUUGUUUACAUCAUAUAAUACACAUGCAUAUCUGUGAAUACACGUGUGUGUAUAUACACACAUCUGUAAAUUAGAUUAUAUCUUAUCUACCAUGUUAUGACCUGUGGCCUUUCCACUUGGUGUAUUGUGAAUCUGUCUUCAUGUCACUCAGAUUCUUCUACAGCAUAAAAUUUAAUGGCUGCAAAGUGUUUAUUUCACGUGCAAGCCACAUUUAUUUAACAAGUCUCCUGUAUUAGGUCAUUUCAAUUGUUUUCAUGUGUUUAUUAUUGAGAACAAUGCAGAGAUUAAUUUUUGUAAGUGAAUAUUUAGCAAAUUCAAGAACAUUUCCGUCAGCUAAAAUUGCAGAGGUGGAAGGCUCCCAGGGGAAGUCAGUGCUGGGAAGGUGGUGACGGUGGGAGAGGCUGGCUCAGGGCAGGCCAGGCUUCCACCCGUGGUGCCAGGUUUCUUGCUGCUCUAGGAAGGUCUAGGGAGACUUGGAGCCACAUUUCCAGUGACGCUGAGUCCUCCAGGGAGACCUGGCACCGCGCAGGUGAGGAGGCAGAAGAGUCCUGCCCGUGGGAAAGUCCCAUCUUCUGUUCCAGGACAGGGAACCGGGACGGACCCGAACCGCGCCCCGAACCCGCCGCCCGGGCUCCACAGCAGGCCUGUUUGCUGAGCCUCGGCUGGGUGAGCCCAGCAGCCACGGCUCCUGCUAGCAUGGCCACGGUGGUGAGCUCAGCACUGCCCUUUACAGUUUAUACGUCCCUCCCGAGGGCACUAUUUUAUGUCAUCCUUGCAACAAUUUUGUAGAGAAAUGCCAUUGUCAUCUCCAACUUGAGAAGAACAGACUAGGGUCUGGAGACUGACAAAUGGCGCGGGUCAAAGGCCAGGUUCCCAGCUCUGCAGCACGUGCGUGCCUCCCUUGAGGGACCGCUCAGGCGGAGAAAGACCCCAGACCUGGGCUUCCUGCCCUCCCUGCUGUCAUGGGCCAGACCCUGUAAAUGCAGUGGUUGGACCAGACAGUGCCUGCGGCCCUCAGCUCUGACGCGGGAGCAGGGUGUCAGGAGGUCCAGGCUGCAGGGCUCUGCACUGGGAUGUGGUGGGGUCACACAUCAGCACUGCAGCAUUUCCUUUGAGAAGACCAUGAUUUUCUGGGCAGCCCGGUGGCUGCUUAUUAGGACAGGCUGGACAUGGGCUUGUCCAUAGUGACAUCUCUCUUAAAUAUCGUGGUGUGAACAUGUAUGCAAACAAGAGGCAGGAGUGCACCCUGAGAAACACAUACCGGACCGGUGUGCUGGGGGCGCAGCGUCGUGGCUUCAGCAGAGCAGACCAUGGAACCAGCACUCGCUCCAAGGCCUCCGCGGCAGCACAAGGCAUUCGGGGUCCCUGAGGCCCCACAUGGCCUGGUGGUGGGGAAGAGAAACAGCGCCCACAUGUUACCGGUGACCCAGGGAGGAACGUAGGGCCAAGUGCGUCAGAAAUGCUCCCGGGGGGACUGACUCCUUUGAAUACAAAUAAUUUUGGGGUGUGGCCACAGGAUCAAGCCCUUUACCUGGCACAGCUAUUGAUUGUGUGGAUUCUUCAGCGUGGUAGCGGUGAUUUGUUGACCUUACCUUUCCUCUGUUUUUUUUUUUUUUUUCUCUAGAGAGCUGACAUCCUUUUAGCAAAUACUCAUUUUGCCUUUCCAUAUUCCUGUAAACCAGAGCUUCUUCACCUUUCUUAAUGCCAUGGAUCUUUUUGGCAGCUGUGGGAUGCCUACUGACGUACCCUUCUGAGAUGAAUAUAUUUAAAUGUAUACAAUAAGAUACACAGGAUUUCAAAGGAACCAGUCAGAUUUAAAUAGUUACAAAAUGUAUUUUCAUUGUGAUGCAUCUUUCUUUACUCAUAUCUUUAAUAACAAGAUCUAGCAGCAGGUCUAUGGGAAAUUUUAAAGUAGUGACGAGCAGAAAUGAUAUUUGGAGAUAUCUGUAGGUAUAACAUGACAUGAAAAUAUCUGGUUUAAAUCAGCCGCAAUGUCACAGGCGCUGCUAAGUUAAACGGUGCAAGGGUUUGAUGUCUACUUCAUAAUAAAAAGAAUCAGUGGAUUCCAGUUAGAGAUGCACUACCAAAAACAAGGAUGAACUUUUCCCAUCCAAGUUUACAGGAUCCAGAUUUAAAACUCCUGCUUUAAAGUAAACAGAAAUAAGUAAUCCUGUUUAGAGGAACCCAAAGCACAGAGAGGCUGAGUGUUUGGCCCAAGACAACACAGCAAAUUAGAGCUUCUGUUGAAUACAUUGCCUGGCCGGUGCCGUCCUCAUUUUUCCUCAUUAACUUUUUUGUAAGUGAAUAUUUAGCAAAUUCAAGAACAUUUCCGUCAGCUAAAAUUCCAGAGGUGGAACGCUUUUUUUCCUCAUUAACUCUUGGUCUUAAAAUGAACACUAAUCCGGAAGUUUCAUCCUAAAAUGCUUCCAAAAAGAUUAAUUGACUACAUUUACUACUUAAAUGAUGAAGACUACUGGUGAAUUUACAAGACUUUUAAAAGAGCAUUUUAGAAAAUAGGAAAAGGGUUAUAAUUUACAAUUCAAACGCAAAUCACAUGCAGAAUUGUUCAAUUAGGGGAGGAUUAGAAGAUUCAUUUUUAUCAGGGAAAAUCUUGAAAAUCCAAUGUCCAGUGAUCAUUUUGGUCACAUGAUAAAAUUAGUGACAAGACUGAAGAAAUCCUUCAGACCAACAUCCACACUUAAAAGAAAUGGACAUUUAUACAUAAGUUAGCUGUAAGCUCCACUUAUUGUAUUUUGAUGGCAAAGGGGACCAUGACCAUUGGAUCCUUGGGUGCCGAAAUAGUUCACAAAAUAAAGUGCUCUGGAGGAAGUGGUCUCCCCAAAUACAGAUUGAUGUCAUAGACUUCUAGAAAUGGAUACCAAAUAGAAUGGAACAGUCUGUGGUUAUUUCCUCAUUUAACUAACAAUCUAAAUGAAAGGAUGGGCAAUGUGACUCUUCACUCUGU